AUGCCUCCUCUACCAAAACCCCCUGCCAAUGGCUUUGUUGCAUUUGCACGGAAGAUUUACAAUCCGCUCGGCUUCAAGAAGGGCUAUAAUUUUACCCUCUUCUUCAUUACAGCCGGUGCCAUGAUAGGCUUUAUCCUUGCCCGUAUGAUGUAUAUGAACAUUGAUGGCAUUCUUUGCAACCCCGACCACAGCUCACGAAGCCUUCCCGGAGAAUGCUAUUUCUACCAGUCUGGCACGGGUCGGAUCGGAAUUAUCAUGCAUCUCGCCGGCGUAUUGCCAGGUGGCUUCCUGGCCUGCAUUCAAUUUGUCCCCGUCAUUCGUCACAAGGCUAUCCUGUUCCACCGCCUUAACGGAUACCUCGUCCUUCUCCUGAGCAUCGUCGGCAUUAUUGGUGUCUUCAUGAUUGCCCGGCGGACCUUUGGUGGCGGCAUUAGCAUGCAGACGGCGGCGGGUGCGGGCAGCAUUAUGUUUCUCGGAGCGCUGGGUCUUGCCAUAUACAAUGUCAAGCAGCUCCAGAUCGAGCAACAUCGCGCAUGGAUGCUCAGGGCCUGGGUAUAUGCUGGAUUUAUUAUCACAAUGCGUAUAAUCAGCUUCUUGGGCGCCAGGAUCAUGGCUAAUACCGACCCGACCUAUUACGAAGUCAAGCAGUGUGCAGUGCUGGAUUUCAUCUUCCGUGGUAACCAGACAAAAGUCCUCGGUUACUACCCGGACUGCAAUGCUUUCUACUCGGGUGAAAAUCCAGGCCUAAAUGUACUUAUCCACGCCAACGUCAACGCCCACCAACCUGCCGAAAUCGCAGCAGGCUUCACAGCUGUGUUUGGCGCGGGGUCUUGGUUGGCCUUAGCCAUCCAUGCUAUCCUCGUCGAGCUCUACCUCCACUUGACCCCUUCGGAAGCAGAGCGUCUACGCCGGAUCUCUUACCACCGUCAACUCGAAGCAGGAAUGAAGAACGCUGGCAACGCUGGCCUAACGGUGCAGCGGCUGGGAGAUGCAGAGCCUUGGCUGCCGCCUAACGAGCUUCAAAGAACGGAAGAUAACAGGACUCCAAGUUCUGAUGGCGACUUGCGAGAAAAGAUUGCCAUGUCACCUUGA